GCUUCCAUUUAAAGGCCAAAGAUAAGACUAACGUGCCGCCAAGCAACGUGGAUACCUUAUUUUUACACUUUUAAAAAUUGUAAACUGCUGCGCACCGCCUCUCGGCAGCCUUGACCUUCGCGCGCAGCCGGAACCUCUGCGCCGGGGGCGGGGCCGCCGCUCCGGGGUCACCAUGGUAACCGCGGAAGCGGGUCCCAGCGAGCGGUAUUUGUGGAAUUAAUGGAGCCAGAAGCACAGCUAGAGUCAGAGAGUUCAGAAAAAUCACUAUUUUUCUCACAGGAAGAAGAAGAAUCCCAAGAACCAGAAGAAACAGGCAUCAAGAACCCCCUUACAAAACCUGCUCUCACAGGGGAUGUAGAAGGUUUGCAGAAGAUUUUUGAGGAUCCUGAAAAUCCUCAUCACAAGGAUGCCAUGCAGCUACUCUUGGAAGAGGAUAUUGUUGGGAGAAAUUUGUUGUAUGCAGCUUGCAUGGCCGGGCAGAGUGAUGUAAUUAGAGCUUUGGCAAAAUAUGGUGUGAAUCUGAAUGAAAAAACUGCCAGAGGGUACACACUCUUACACUGCGCUGCGGCCUGGGGUCGUUUGGAAACUUUGAAAGCACUAGUGGAGCUGGAUGUUGAUAUAGAAGCUUUGAACUUCCGGGAAGAGAAAGCUCGAGAUGUUGCUGCUCGGUACUCCCAGACGGAGUGUGUUGAAUUUCUGGACUGGGCAGAUGCCAGACUGGCUUUGAAAAAAUAUAUUGCAAAAGUUUCCUUAACCAUUACUGACUCAGAAAAGGGACCAGGGAAGCUCCUUAAGGAAGACAAGAACACCAUCCUCAAUGCAUGCCGUGUAAAAAAUGAGUGGUUGGAAACUCAUCCAGAAGCUUCCAUUAAUGAGCUUUUUGAGCAGAGAAAACACUUGGAAGAUAUUGUGACCCCUAUCUUCACAAAAAUGGCUACAUCCCGUCAAGCGAAAAUAUCAAAUCUAUUAUAAACUAAGCCAUAGCCAGAAGAGAAAUCAAGAUUAUACCUUCUGCUGAACAUAUAUUUUGUAAAAGGCCACAUUUUCUUCUAAUAUCAGUAAAGACAAACCUAUUCAUGCCAAUUGAAGUCAGGAAAAUCAACAUGAAAUUAUAUCGAAUGUUCAAGAUUCAGUCACCCUUGCUUGGUUUUACCAGGUUCAGAGUGUUUCUGCCAACACCCCAGUCUUGUCUCUGGUCCUCCAAGUGCAGCCCCAUAUGAGUUUCAGGCACUCCUUCAGGAAAGCACUUGGGUACAAAUCACUCGCAAAGACCACAUGGGGUCUUUAGAAACCACGUAGAGAGUCUCAUGAUUUUCUGUGUAACUGAGACAAAAAUUUCUAUUCAAAUGGAGGGUUCCAUUUUAAAAAGACAUAUUUGGUUAUUUCCAGAGGAAAAAAAUUUUGUUCUUGCGCUUUCAAAAAGAAAUCUUACAAAUGACAUUCUGGAGUAAGGAAAUAUUAAGAAUUGUUUAGAUCAGGGUCCUCAGGCUAUAACUGUUACUUUUUUAUGUUCAAAUUAAAAUCCACCUGUAAGUUGGAUCUAGUCUCUGAGUAAAACCCAUAUUUAUCUUUAACCUCUUUGUAUCUCUACAUUAAUAAACACAAAUCUGUAUAGUUUUAUAUUUAGAAGUUUUGUCCUAUUCUGUAGGUUUGGCAAUAUAGAUGCUAUAACCGGACUCCAUGACAUUUUCUUUCCUGUUUCAUUUUCUAUUUCCUAGGGUUUAGGAAAUCAUACUUGGCUUCCUAUUGGUGAUUUGGAAAGUCUUUUUUUUCCGGUUUAUUUAAUGAAGCCCCUGAACCUUCUAUUACUUUGUCACUUUCUGGGAAAGUUUUAUAGGAAAGAAAAUAUUUAAAGGAUAUUCUUUGUUUUUACGACUGUCUCUUCUUUGUUUUGCUCUGCAAGCUAGUUUUUCAUUUUAGGGAAGAGGAAAAAUAAAUGACUAAUUCAGUGAUACUUUGUCACUUGACAUUGUCUCAACCAUGGUUUUGAGAUAACCAUUUAAAAUGUUUCCCAAAGUUUUAAGUUUUGAGGGUUUUUUUUUUGGUACUGGGGAUUGAACUCUGGCCCUUGUGCUUGCAAGGCAGGCGGCGAAACCACUGAGCUAAAUCUCCGGCCCUUGAGUUUUUUUUUUAAUGUACAAGCAAUUCAGUUUCAAUUUCCUUAAGCAGAAGAACAGGGCAAUAACUUUUACCCUUCUCUCUGAUAGGCCUUCUGGUUGCUUUUGGAGAAGUACAAAGAAAGAUAUCUUUGCUCCAUUUUCUUAAUACAGGACAUUUCUAGAAGUCCAAUGUCCUUCAGCACUGCAAUAAUUUAGGAAGAGGCCAGAUGCCAUUUUUGUUAUUUCUACUCUUAAUUCUGCAUUUUCUGAGCCUGAUCUUGAAUACAACAUUACUUUCCAGGUGAGUAUUCCUGAUGAGUAGGGAAGGAACCCUGGAUUUUGCUUCUAAGAUUCCCAAAUAAGACUGUGGCAUUUCUAGAGACCCUCUAUAAUCAACCUCUCUCUCCUUUUUAUACUUAUUUUUCAGUAUUUAUCCUCAAACUCUUUGUAGCUCUUGAUAUAUUUGCCAAUGCUCUGUUUGUUAAAGUUCUUAUAGUGGCACCUUGAUGCCAAUCGCGACACCUCUACUUUCUCACAAUCUGCUUUUCUAAUCCCUUCACCAGCUUCUCUUCCUCAUCUUGCCCCCAGCUGUGGGAACCUCUCAAAAUUCAGUCCCGACCCCCAGGUGAAGCAAUUCAUAAUUCUCCACUUCUCUAUCCCUAUUACUACAAAGAACUAAUCAUUUCUUCUUUGGGGCACCCUUAGUGCCAAUAGCUGGUUAAUUGUUUGUGUUUGUCUCUGCAUGUGAAUUGUGAACCUUUUAAUGGUAGCAACUUUGUUAUACCUAAAGAGUCUGUAAGAUAGUAAAUAAGUAAAUAAUAGUUACAUAAAUUCACUUUUAGUUCUACCUUUCUUCAUAGAACUCACUACCUCUUCAUUCAUUCAUAGAGCUUGUUCACCUUUAUAAAAAUGUCUCCCAACUUUAUCUCUAUACCUUGCUUACGCUAGUGCCCCAUUUCAACUCCUACCCCCCUAACAGGCAAGCCACACAUCCCACACUAUGGCUCUGUGUCUGUUUUCUAACUUUCUAUUUCCUAAGCCUUCAUCUUGAAUGUCAUAUCAUUUUUCAAGCCUGUGAACCUAGUGAUUACCAAGGGAUUUCUGGAUCUUCUUUCAGAGAUUCUGGUGAUGCGAGGAUCUGACAUUUAUUUACAUCUAUAAAUCUAUAACCUUUUGAGAGAUAUAGUAUUUGUUGUUACCUAUUGUUGCACAAAAUUAAUAGAUACCUAGGACGGUUAAAAUUCCCUUAUGCUUUGAGUCUGAGUGUUACUUGGGUAGCUGCAUGGCUUUUUGUAAACUUCUACAGAGUAAUUAGUAUUCAGAGUACCUACUAGUAAUUUAAAAAAUGCAUCCACAGUAGUUGAGAGGUAGUCAGUCAAAGGCUAAAUUUAGUGCUAUGAUAACUUUUAGAAAGUGAUUCUUUAGAGUUUUGGGUUUCAUUGAUCAGAAAAAUAUAAAAAAAUAAAGGGAGGAGAUUGAUAUACCCUUUUAAGAAAACUAGUACCUAUUAUCAUGUAAUAAAAGACAUUUUAACGCCAAAAAUGUAGGGAAGAUAGGAUCUCAGUGUAAGACCUUACCUUUAACAUGGAAAAAUUAAGCUUUAUUAUAGAACUUUAUAUUUGAUUUUCCUCACUUUGCCGUAUAUGAUGGAACUUUUGUCAUGAAUCAGAACUGACCUAUGGUCCGGCCUUUGAAAGCUACCACUCUAGACUAAGCAAAGCAGGCAGAUUGUUAUUUGUUAGAUUGUUAGCAUAAUACCCAUCUUGUAAAAGACUGACAGUUAUCCUAGUCUUCAUGCUAAUAUUCCAAGAUGGCCCCAUCUCCCUUCUCAGAUGUGCUUUUUACAGUGUGAUCGCAACCUUCCUCACAUAGAGAGAUGCAUCUCCGUUCUCUCCUCUUGAACCUGUGUAGGCCUGUACUAUAGUGAAAGUGGUUCUAUGUGAUGUUCCAAGACUAAGAUUAUAAAAGGUGCCGUGGCUUCUGCCUCGUUCUCCAGCCACUGGAGAGACCCACAUGGAAAGGAUCUGAAGCUACAGCCUUGGCUGGGCUCCAGCCAGCUGUCAUCCUCAAUGUGCCAGGCAUAUGACUGAGUCAUCUUGAAAGUGGAUCUCCAGUCAAGUUACCCAGCUAAUGCCUUACAGAGUGGACACAAAGUUUGUCUGCUGAGCACUGCUGGAAUUGCAGACUUGAGAGCUAAAUAAAUAAUUGUUUUUGUUUUAA